AUGGCCAAUGGGAACUAUACAAGAAUCACAGAGUUUAUUUUCAUAGGCUUAAAAUAUCAUCCUCGGAUGCAAGUCUUCCUUUUCUUGCUCUUUCUACUUUUUUACCUUGUUACCAUGACAGGAAACUUGGGUAUGAUUAUUCUCAUCCAGAUGGAUUCCCGCCUUCACACGCCCAUGUACUUUUUCAGUCACCUGUACUUGGUGGACAUCUGCUUCUCAUCAGUGGUGGGUCCCAGGAUGCUCAGUGACUUCUUUGCUGAAAGGAAGGCCAUCUCCUUCCUGGGCUGCGCUUGGCAGCAAUGGUUCUUUGGAUUCUUUGUGGCCAUCGAGUGCCUUCUGCUGGCGUCCAUGGCCUAUGACCGCUAUGUGGCCAUCUGUAAUCCGUUGUUGUAUUCCGUUACCAUGUCGCAGAGACUUUGCAUACAGCUGGUGGUUGGACCCUAUACUGUUGGGUUCCUGAGCACCAUGACUCAUGCAACAGCUGCUUUCCGGCUUCCCUUUUGUCGCUCCAACAUUAUCAACCAUUUCUUCUGUGACAUGUCCCCCCUUCUUUCUCUGGUAUGUGCUGACACCUGCAUCAAUAAAUUGUUGGUUUUCAUUGUGGCUGGAGCCGUCCUGGUUGUCAGUAGCCUGACCAUUAUAAUCUCGUAUUUUUACAUCCUUACUGCCGUCCUGAGGAUCCGCUCCGCCGAUGGGAGGCGCACAGCCUUUUCCACCUGCUCCCCCCAUCUCACCGCGGUGUCCAUCUUAUACGGGACUCUCUUCUUUAUCUACGUGCGGCCAGGUGCAAUUUUUUCUCUGGACGUCAAUAAAGUGGUGUCCGUGUUCUACACCGCGGUGAUCCCCAUGUUGAAUCCUUUCAUCUACAGCCUGAGGAAUAAAGAAGUGAAAGCUGCCAUGCGCAGAACGAUCGUCAGGAGGCAGCUUUGCAUCAGAAGCUAA